AGAUUUCCGGCGCCGCCCGCCUUCCUCUUCCCUACCCCCUCCCACGACACUCCGCGACAGCGCGCGCUUCUUAACCCCACGGGUGGACUCACUGUUGGGUGGCGGCUGCACCAAGCCUGGCUGGGAGUCCGGGGGCCGCAGGAGUGGACGCGCGCCAAGGUCUCGAAGGACUCCGGGCAGAGCUUUCUGCUCUCUCCGGCUCGGCCCAGCCAAGGAGAAGAGGGGCGCUGGAACGUGGCCGCCGCGCUCACCGCUGAAGCGAGUAUUCAACCGAGAUCCAGGGCCUGGCGGCUCAAGGCAAGACGUUGUCGGCAGGCGUGAAUUUGAAACCAAUCUGUUCAUGAAAAGUGACGGCAUACCAGCCACAGUAUGUCAAGAAAGAAGAAAAGAUCCAAUAGAAAUGUUUCAUUCUGGGCAGCUGGUAAAAGUCUGUGCCCCAAUGGUUCGCUAUUCAAAGUUGGCUUUUAGAACACUAGUGAGAAAAUACAAUUGUGAUCUGUGUUAUACACCAAUGAUAGUUGCUGCUGAUUUUGUGAAAUCUAUAAAAGCCAGAGACAGUGAAUUCACCACAAACCAAGGUGAUUGCCCAUUGAUUGUUCAGUUUGCUGCUAAUGAUGCAAGACUUUUAUCUGAAGCUGCUCGAAUAGUCUGUCCUUAUGCAAAUGGAAUAGACAUUAACUGUGGUUGCCCUCAGAGGUGGGCAAUGGCAGAAGGUUAUGGGGCUUGCUUGAUAAACAAGCCAGAGCUUGUUCGAGAUAUGGUGAAACAAGUAAGAAAUCAAGUGGAAAACCCCAGAUUUUCAGUUUCUAUUAAAAUAAGGAUCCAUGAAGAUCUCAGAAGAACAGUAGAUCUUUGUCAAAAGGCUGAAGCAACGGGAGUUUCCUGGAUUACAAUCCAUGGAAGAACUGUUGAAGAAAGACAUCAGCCAGUGCACUAUGAUGCUAUUAAAAUAAUUAAGGAAAAUAUAUCUAUACCUGUAAUUGCUAAUGGAGACAUCAGAAGCUUAAAAGAAGCAGAAAAUGUGUGGCAGGUGACUGGAACAGAUGGUGUGAUGGUUGCAAGAGGACUUUUAGCAAACCCUGCCAUGUUUGCUGGAUAUGAGGAAACCCCACUGAAAUGCAUCUGGGACUGGGUUGACAUCGCCCUUGAACUUGGAACUCCAUAUAUGUGUUUCCAUCAACACCUAAUGUACAUGAUGGAAAAGAUAACUUCAAGGCAAGAAAAGAGAGUAUUCAAUGCUCUGUCAAGCACAUCGGCAGUCUUGGAUUACCUUACAGACCAUUACAGCAUUUGACCUCACAAGUCAUUGUCAUGUAUAUUUUAUACCUACAGUAUAAAUACAGUCAUUGGGAGCAUUUUAAAACAUGUAUCCUGGACUUAUUCUUCAAAGAUUCUGAUUCAGUAGAUCUGGAUAUGAACAGAAAUGUAAGACCCCAUGUGGUUGGAAUAUCCUGCUCAUUGUAUUAUGUAUUUGUUGGCGGGAGGUGGGAUUUUUUUUCCUAAAAGAAUCAUGGUUUUAACAUUUUUAAAUAAAACUUAUAUUUUAAUACAAUAAAGUGUGACUCAGCAUUUAUAAGUGAACAAGAAGUAUGUUUUUAAUUUUAAAAAGUGCAGAGAAGUGGUAGAACAAAUGGCAACAUCCAUAUAAAAUGAGAAAGAACAAAAAAUUCUGAAUAGAAUUAUACUCAGGACUUCCUUUAAAAGUUCAAAAGAUUGGAGCAGCACUGUGGCUUAGCAGGUAAAGCUGCCACCUGCAGUGCCAGCAUCCCAUGUGGGCACCAGUUCCAGUCUCCUUGUGAUCCAGCUCCCUGCUAAAGCGACUGGGAAAGCAAGAGAGGCUGGCCCAAGCGCUUGGACCCUUGCACCCACAUGGGAGACUCAGAAGAAGCCCGAGGCUCCUGGCUUCAGAUGAGCCCAGCUCUGGCCCUUGGGGCCAGAAGAAGACCCCUCU